AUGCUGCUAAGUCCACCAGUUCUUUAGACUAUCUCACUAGGAUUCACUUCUGCUUCUGCUAUGGACUUGUGGAUAAAAAGUCAAGAAAAGAAAGAAAGUGUAUGUGUGUGUAUCUCUGUGUUUUUAGGUGAAAAAAGAUUCCAGCCCUGCUGAGUGAGAUUUCUACUGGUGGUAUGAUAAGACAUUUCAGCUCUUGGGUUCUCCCAUGAUGUGAGAACUGAGGCUGUAUUAGACUAAUUUAAUCUAUUUGUACAAAGCUUUUCUUGUUUAAGAUGAUGCACCUCUCAAGUUUGUGUUGAGUUAUAGUGCAUGAAGGCUGGCAUUUAUUUUCAGCCAAACUAUCUGCAUACAAACAUGCAGAGAGGGUUACUGCAUUCCUUCGCAACACCAGUCUACCACUUCUGCUCUUCUUGUAAUUGUCCCUUUUGCUUAAAUAUGCAAAGUCAUAUGAAGUUCCCUGUUGGUCUUGCCCUCUGGUGUGUAGGGUUGUAUACGCAAUUAACGGCUGGCUGCUUGUACCGUUGGAGCAAGGAUAGCCUUUCUCUGCUGUGGCACUCAGGCUUUACUCAUCUCUUGGUUGGCUGUGCUUGCUUGUUUGCUAGAUUGGUAUAUUCAAAUUAUUUUUCUUGCUCUCAAACUGUGAUCCACUUCUACUUUGGCUUGGUGUGCUGCUCAGGUAUUUUGAAGCCACUCGCCUACUUUUUCUCUCUUUCAAUUUUGUUGAGUCUAACAUUCUUCUAAACUUCUUAACUUUGCUGGCUUUUUCUGACAGAAUGUGGCAAGAUUGCUUUCUCUGGCUUGAAAUGCUCUUUUCCUGGUUUUUUUAGUCGUUGAUUCUCCACUCCAAAACAAGUCUUCCUUCUUGCUGCUGCUGACUCAACAGCCUGAAGCCAUAGGCUGGGACAUGCCUGAAUAUGAUUUUUGGGCUGGCUAUGCUGGUACCUCUUGGCAUUCUGGGCUAAUGCGGUUAUUUUACCAGAUCAUAUUGCUUGUGACCAGCUGGUUCCCUCGCUGAGUAAGCCACUUUCCAGAAAAAUGUAAUGCUGACUGUUGCUGAAAAGGCUGGGAAUCCGAACUAGAGAUGAAUCCUGGGUUUUCUGAAUCAGGCCAGCAAGCUGUCCCUCCACACCUUACUAAGGACCUCCCCAGAUUUCACCUAGUUGGUUCUUGGUUCCUCUGUUCCAAAUGAACUCAUUUCUGCUGGUGUCUUAUCCAAAUGUCCUCUGAGAGAGACCUCCCCAGGGGGGCACCUCGGUAACCAGCCAUGGGAAAUGUCUACAAGUACUACUUCAACAAGGACAAAAUCUUCCAGCACUACAACUACACUAAGGAUAAGCUGGAGAGAGACGAGGAGUCUCCACUGACUCCCACGGCCAUUCUCAUCAUUGUGCUCUGUUGCUUCAUUAUCCUGGAGAACCUGCUGGUGCUCAUAUCAGUCUGGAGGAACAAGAAAUUCCACUCCGCCAUGUUCAUCUUCAUUGGCAACCUUGCCUUUUCGGACCUGAUGGCUGGCUCGGCUUUCAUUGCCAACAUCGUGCUCUCGGGCCCAGCCACCUUUCGCCUCACUCCAAUACAGUGGUUUGUGCGAGAAGGCACUGCCUUUACCACCCUGGCCGCUUCGGUCUUCAGCUUGUUAGCCAUUGCAAUUGAACGACACGUGGCUAUCACCAAGAUGAAGGUCUACAGCAGUGACAAGAACUGCCGGAUGCUGCUGCUGAUUGGGGCCUGCUGGGUCAUCUCAGCCACCAUUGGGGGGCUGCCCAUCCUUGGCUGGAACUGCAUGUCUGAUCUUGAGAAAUGCUCCACUGUUCUGCCCCUUUACUCUAAAAGCUACAUCGUCUUCGUGGUUACCAUUUUCACUGUCAUCCUCUUCUCCAUUGUGGUCCUCUAUGUUCGGAUCUACCGCAUUGUCCGCUCCAGCCAUGCUGAGAAAGCCAGCUCCCAGACCAUGGCCUUGCUCAGGACAGUUACUUUUGUCCUGGGGGCCUUCAUCAUCUGCUGGCUGCCUGCCUUCACCAUCCUCCUGAUAGACGCUUCAUGCGCCAGGAAGUCUUGUCCCAUCCUUUACCAGUCAAAGUAUUUUUUUGCCUUUGCUACCCUCAAUUCAGCCAUUAACCCCCUCAUUUAUACCCUUCGCAGCAAAGACAUGAGGAAGGAGUUCCUACGGGUGCUUUGUUGCUGGGGGAUGAUGGGACAUGGAAAGCCGGCAGAGCGUUGCAUGAUCCCUCUCCGCAGUUCCAGUUCCUUGGAGCGGUGCACUCCGAAACAGGAUCUUCCCACUUUAUCUUUCAUGAAGGAACAUUCCACGUUUGUGUGAAAAAGACACAAAGAAAGGAACUAUGGAACAGCCAGGCAAUGGCAAAGAAUGGGGAGGGGAACGGGAUUGGACCUAAGAAAGCGGUACAAACCUGAUGAAUAUAUUGUCCUGGUGGUCAAAUCAACCUGCCUUGGACUUACAUGGAGGUGUCCAUUUGUUCACUAGACCUGCACAGUAUUAUGAUUUUAUGUUAGGAGUGUGUGUGAGACAGAGUGAUUGGCUGCUGAAUGAUUGAGUGACAUGAAAUGGGGACGGUGGGUAGCUGCUGAGCUACCAAGAUUCUGAUUUGGUACAAUUUUCCUCUUUUCUAAAAGUUGCCCUUGCCUGUAUUUGGACCCACAUUUUUUAUUUAUUUUAUUUUUUGGGUCCUACAUCUCAGAGCCAUUCUUUCUCCUCUUUGCAAAAAACAUUCACCCACACUUCCUGGGAAAGCAAUUGGUUGCUCUGAUCAGUUAAGCCCUUUGCAAGUUUCAUUGAUUUAAACCAGUCUUCAGUUUGAGGCACGCAAGACUACAAGACCAGUGGUGGGAUUCAGCCAGUUUGCACCACUUCGGCAGAACCGAUAGCUAAUUUUCUGUUGCCCAGGCCCAGAAUGGACUUCCAGAAGUGGCAUCCAUACAGAGAACUGGUGGUUCACAUAUUUGAAUCCCACCACUAUACAAGGCUCAUAAUCCCAGCCACUUGAACCCUAGGUUUCCUGUGUAGAGGUAGUCAUUGACUUACAGCCAUUCAAUUGGUGACUCUUCAAAGUUACAACAGCAUAAAAAAGUGACUUAUAACCAUCUUUCAUAUGACCGUUGUAGCAUCCCCAGGGUCACAUGAUCAA